AUGGCCUCCAUAACAACAACAACAACAACAACAACAACAACUACCACACCCAAGGGAUGGAUAUUGCUGAUUCUAGCAGAACAACCAGUUGUAUUAUUAGCCAUCCCACUUUGUCUUUUACUUGUCUAUUACUUUAAAAAGAGAAAUGACAAGCCAAAGUCAAGAGUGCCAAUUGUGCAUAAGCCAUCAUCAGCCUCAAAGAUGGAUCAACGUCCAUUUGGGUAUUGGGAGCCCAACCUUGCAUUUCAAACACCAACACCACCUCCGUUUCCCAAUUGGUCAGUCACAGACACCAAGCCAGUGCCUUAUCGUGCAUUUAAACAUAAGUAUACUAUAACCAUGGGCAUAAGAAACAUGGAUUGGCAUUCUUGGAUUGAAUUGGAUAAUCAGUGGAAGUAUUACCAUGAUUUGAAAUUGGAACGUUUUGCUAGAAAAGGUGAUGAUUUGUACAAGACCAGUUCCAAAGGAGUUGCUGCGUCAUGGGAGUUACUUGAAGAGUUGUUGGAAUAUUUACCAGCUAGGUAUCCUUCAUUGUUCCACUAUGAUAAGGAGAAACAAUUGGUAAAGAUUUUGGCUACUGAUGAAGUUUACUAUGUGGGUGCAAAAAAGGAUUGCAAUCCUAUUGUUAUUGCUGCUAAAUUAAUUCAAGAUGAUAUUGCCAUUAUGAUUGAAAACCAAGAUGAUGGUCAAUACUCAUUAGAGCUGGGGUGUAUUGCAUUGGCGGGAUUUUGGAAGAUUAAGGACAAAUUUCAAAUGAAGUUGGAUCAAAUACACAUGUCGGGUGAUGUCCCCAAAUACAAGACCCAUUUGGGACCAGCAAUGAAUAAAUUUUUCCGUCGUUUAACUGUUGAAUCACCCGUAUUGAGAAACAAUUAUUUUAUUCAAACUGAUAAUCAUUUGGAUUGGUCUUCAUCGAUUGGAUCAGAAGAUGCUGAUGAUGAAGUAAAUGUUGGAUGGAAUACUGCUCCUCGUGUUACUGAUGUUCACAAUUUGUAUUUCCGAAGUGAACGUCAAAGUUUAAGACGAUUACCCAAGACUGGUGCCGUGGUGUUUACUAUUCGUACAUAUUUCAUCCCCAUUGUUGAAUUGUGUAAAGAGCCGUAUGUGCCCCGAAGAUUGUUGAAUGGGAUAACCAGUUGGGAUGAAGAUGUCAAUGAGUAUAGAGGUUUCCACAAGUUUAAAGAUGUAUUGUUGCCAUAUUUGGAAAAAAUGGCAGAAGAGCAAGAAGCAAAUGGGUUGGAUAGGAUGCUGGAGCCACAAGCAUAUCCAUAUUGA